GCCGGUGUACAUUGUGGGAAGGCAGAAAGAUGGCGGCGCCCGUAAGGCGGACUCUGUUAGGGUUGGCGGGGGGCUGGCGGCGCUUCGAGAGCCUCUGGGCAGGUAGCCUGGGUUCUCGCAGCUUGAGCCUUGCGGCCGCGCCCUCAAGCAGCGGAUCUCCAUGGCGCCUCCUGGGUGCGUUGUGCCUGCAGCGGCCACCGCGAGUCUCCAAGCCUCUGACCCCCUUGCAGAAAGAGAUGGCGGCUCUGCUACAGCAGAUUGAGAUAGAGAAAAGCCUGUAUUCAGACCAUGAGCUUCGUGCUCUGGAUGAAAGCCAGCGAUUGGCAAGGAAGAAAACUGACCUCUAUGAUGAAGAAGAUGACCAGAAUAUAUUGCUGGUGCAAGAUUUGGAAGAUAUGUGGGAGCAGACAUUCCUACAGUUCAAACCUGGAUCUCGUGUAACAGAAGCUGAUAAUAAGAAUGAUCGAACCUCAUUGCACCGGAAGCUGGAUAGGAACCUUGUCUUGUUAGUCAGAGAGCAGCUUGGAGACGAGUAUGUUUGGAUGCUGCCCCAAGCAGAGUGGCAGCCUGGGGAGACCCUUCGAGGAACAGCUCAGAGAGCCAUGGCCACACUUUCAGAGACGCUGAAUCCACUCCAGGCACCAAGGGCGGUUGGGACUCACAACCCAAGACUCAGGGAUUGCUGUAGCCACAGAUGUGACACCCCACCAGAGCCAGUGGGAGGCAGCAGGCCGUCAGAGGAUUCCGGGAAAGAGGCCCCUCACUACUGAAUGUGGAGUUGAAUGGGUAUGAGGUCUGGAGCUGCUGCAGUCCCCUGGCACCCUGAAGCGACGACCUGACUGAGAAUAAAAGUGACCCAAUGAGGAGAACUGAGUCAGGCUGAAAGACUGAGCCACUCAGGUCCUGCUGACAUUGUUUAAGCCCUUGCACCAAGCCAGGUCUGAAGUUAGCCCACGCCCUGGAAUUUCUACACAUGUGAAGUAACAGAUUCCCUUUUUGCUUCAGCUGGUUUGGGCUGGUUUUCCUAUCACUUACAACCAAAAGAGUGUAGACUUUCAAUAUUAGAACAAAAUAAUACUUUGAGUAUUUUGUGCGAUGUUGAAAUGCUAUCACUAAUACUGGUUUUUUAUUAAGUAUUAAAAUUCAUAUAAAAUAAUCAGUGAAACUAAAACUUUAAUACCUUUUAGAUGCAAAAUAUGUAUAAACAUGUUAAAAACAUCAGCUAAAAGUGUUCAUUUAAAAUAUUAACAUUAAAUGAGCAUUAUUAUUUUAAUAUCA